AUGGUUGAGAAUGAUCUUGGCGUGCGGGAGGCCCUCUCCGCCCCGCCCUUCGCUGCCUUUUGUGAGUUUAGAACAGAUGAGCCGCCACGCCGUGGCUGCCUCGCGGCGCUGUGCGGCGGCGGCAGUGACAUGUCGCAGCGACCCGCACCACCGUCGUUUGAGCAGCAUUACAAAAGUCGCCAUCCGCUGUUGCCGACGACAGUUGAAGCAUACGGUCGAUCGGCAGCGGGUGUGGUGGUGGAGCCGAGUCACCUCCGCAACCCCGUGGCACUGGAGAAGACGAUGCACUUUCUUGUCCACCACUACCUCCGCGACCCGCACACACCAGCGGUGUUUCUCGCGCCCUUCGAUGUAUGGCGGUACUUGUGGGACCGCAUGCGGCAGGUGCGGACGAAUUGGGUGCCGCAGCUGCCGCCGGUGGGGACGCAGUCGCUUAGUAGCCAUGACUACGCCGAUGGUGUCUUGCCAGCCUCCGUACGGGAGUCGAAAAGACGGCUAAAGUGGUUGGAGUUCACCGUCACAGCACUCGCGGUUGGCGGGGCAAAUUUGUGCCGCACGGUGCAGGGCUGCGGACGAUACAUGGCGGACAAGCAGAACUUUCUCGAGUCCAUCGCCCAGUGUUUCAGUGAUUUGGUCUUGUCAUAUCGCGCGGAGCAGCGGCUGCGAAAUUCGGAGAUGUUCUCCGCCAUUCUUCUCUUCUACGGCCUCUCGCAGCUCACGAAGGUGGAGAAUCGGGCGGGGUUUUGUCAAGUCAUUGAGGUGCAGGUUGCGGCUGAGGGCCCUCCAACGCAUGUAUUUGAGCCUCCCUCAAGCAGUGUUGACUUUGGCAGUGUCUAUCGUGAGUUAGCGUACCUGCCACAGAUGGCCCGUACGCAACAUGUGCGGACGGUGCUGAAGCUCAUUCAUAGUUGGUGCCAGCGCGAAUGGUUUCGGUUUUUUCAUCUCUGCCGCACCGAGCCGCUCACAGUACUGCAGCGGGCGAUGGUUUUCCAUUCCUUCUCUUACGCUCGUUUUAGGGCCGUGGUUGAUCUCGUGACGGCGAACUCGGUUGUGUACGGCAGGGCGCGUCUUCGAGGUGAGAUGACGAUUGCGGACCUGGCCGAUCUUUUGCUGAUGGAGGAGAUCCAUUGUGUGGACCUGCUCGAGACGAUGGGCCUUGCUGCGCAGUUAAGUGAAGACCGUACUAUCCUGCGUGUCGCACGGCCGGACUCCUCACCGUACAUUACGCAAGAGGCCAUCUACCGCCAUUUGGAAGACACCAGCGGGAAGCCACGCCUGUGCCUACCGACACUGCCGUCGUUCUUUGGGUUUACCGUCUGGCGACAUGCGUUUGAGUUAUUCCCCGAUGCCUUUGGGGAUGAUCCUAUCGCGACACACGGGGAUCUUUCUGUCAUGACAUGUCCUGUGAAUCUUAUGCGGUUACUGGAGCCAUACUGUCCUCCAUACAAUGAUGAUGUCGCCGCUCUGGAGUUGACGGACGCGGGAGAUGAGUGGUUUGCUGGCGUGCAGGCAGCGCGGGAGCGAAUGCUGACGUGGUAUGCCUUGCACAUGUCUUCACACGGUCGCAGGUAUAAUACAGAGGAUGAAAACGAUGAAGAUCAUGAUGAAGAUGACGGGGAGGAUACCAGCGAAGGCAGUCUUUUUUUGAGUGACAAAAGAAAAGGGCUUUCUCAGGAGCAACUGAAAGCAGUUGUGCAGGCGAUGGACCAGGAGAGCCAGUCCACGCACAGCUCUGUCUUCAAUGAUGAUGCCGGCAGCGAUCGUGAGGGGGAUGAUGACAACGCGGAGUCAGUGGAGGACGAACCGGAAGAAGUGAUGGGAACAUCAGGGGAUACGGAACACGACGCUUUGGAGGAAAACGAUGAGGCGGUCCGUGCCGCCAAGGCGCUGUUGACUUCACUUCAUGGCGAUCCCAUUUACGCCAAGAUAGAGAAGGAGUUGCAGGCAAUGGCGAAAGAUGAAGCCAGUGUGGCGACCUCAGGGGAUGCACCGCUAAACACGGCAGCACCUUCCCAAUACAGCAGUGAUGCCAGCAGGCCCGAUAUCACGAAUGAAAAUGAUGAUAAGACUAAUAAUGAUGAUGAUAAUAAUAAUAAUGACAUGGUGACGCUGAACUUGGAGCGGGCGUCAGGACCCCAGCACACUGCUGGGCCGUGGUUGAGCCUGCCGCCGCCGGAGUUCGCUGUCUGUGUGUCGCCAUUGCCGACGGAUUACCCUGGCGAGAUGUCACCAAAUCUGCGGGCCAUUGUUGAAACGCCGAAGAGCCUAACGACGGCCCCGGCUGAUUUAGAGGAGGCGCCACUUCUCCAAGAGGAUGUUGGCGUGAGCCGGGCAGCGGGGGCCGCGGAAAACCGUGGAGACGUGUCGCCAAUACCCCCGUUACCAACAAGGAAGGCAACCGCAUCCUUCCCGUCAUUUCCGCCCCUUCCUGACGGCCUCCACGCCGCGUCAUUUGGCGCCUUGCAUGCGCCGCAGGAGAUGUCGGUGAGUGAGACGGAGCAGCCAAGGGCGAAGCGGCAACGUGGGGAGGCCGUACCCAGUCGUGACGACGUAUCGUCAUCAAAGCCAUCCGCAUUCUUUUCACCGCAGCCUCCGCGAGAAGAAGGAGCGGGAAAACAAAGCCAGCCGCCACAGUCAGGGAAAUCGGACGAUGCGAACAGCUUUUGCUUUUCGUCUUUGGAAAAUUCUCAGGUAAUUCUGCCAUUCGAGGAGGAGGAACGGCGGCAGCAGCAGAUUGGGAAUUCCGCUGCGAUGCAAUCGCAGCCACCACGUCAUCGAGCCCGUAUGGAAGUUUUGCCGCAAGAGUCGCUGCCUGAAGUUCAUGGCAUGCGAAAGGUGACAUUCGUGACGUCACCCGCCGCCCCUUCGGAGUUACCCCAGCCUUCAACAACAAAGUCGGCAGGAAACAAACCGCGUGCGCCGUCGUACCGAGACACCGUCCGCGCAUGCCUGAACCGGCAGCGGAAGGUGUCGGCGGAGCCCGACGGACUCGUGUCUUUUGUUCGGACCUCAUGGCUGACUCAAAAACAGCAGCAGCCGUUGCUUUCCGCAUCAACUUUGGGUGAGCCGGUCGUUUCGGUUGGCACGAAUGAGCCGCGUUGGAUGUAUGCCUUCAUGAGUUACCUGCUCGAAUUCUUCACAGCCUCUUACGAAGAUGCGGUGGCCUGUCGAUUUCUCUCUGAGGUUCUUUGCAGCGACCCCGAGGCGCGGGCACGAGGAGUUGCUGGGUGGUUCUGUCGUGGUUUCACACCCACCAUGGUGCCCUGCAUGCCUCAACACUUCCCAAGUGGAGCAAUGAAGUCGAGAGCGCCGAUGCUGCAACUCGCCUCAACGGUAAUUGUUUUUGGGAGUGGCAUGCGUAACGAUUGCACGGACGACGCCGGUCUUUUCUUUUGGCGCCACUCCGUUUCUCGUGCCUCGUUGCUAGGGAGUCGCCGUGCAUCGGCGUCCAUGCGUAAUUUUGCUGCAGAGGAUGCGUUCUACUCAGCAUCAGCGAUGUGGCCGCUCUCUCUGGGACGUUGGGUCACGGCGUUGUUGUUGCCUCAAGAAGAGGGGGCUUCUUUACUCGCAAGGGAUACUUUGUACAGUGUGGAGAACAAGGACGAGGAUUAUGAUGAUGACGAUGAAAUUGAGGGAGGGAAGGACAGUAAUCAUGGGGGAGAGUUGGUUGGUCUGUGGGAGCAACUCCACUCCGUGCAAAUGUCCACAGCGUCGCACCUGACACCGGCAGCAGAAUGGAGUCGACAGCCCUCUUCUCAGCUUGAUGCCACACAAGAAGCAGCCGCAUGGUGUUAUUCACGUCAACAUUCGGUUGCGUUUCAGACCCAACUUGCUCUGUAUGGUAUUGACUACCGUGACACGCCGCUGCUUCGAUGGAUGUCGGGAGAAAAGGAGGGGGAAGAGAAGGAGGAGGGGGAAAGCUCCACAUCAACGCAACGGCCUGUUGAGAACAUCACCGCUGUAAUUACGCUUGACACUUCGAACUGUGAGGAGUACGAGGAGGGACUGUGCACACUGCGGUUGUUGAUACGACAGGCGGUCGAGAAGCGGACCUUUGUUCUUUCCGGCGUACUCAUUUUGUUGUACACUCCCUCUGAGAAGGAAGAAAUGAGACUGCAGCAGGCAGUAGAAAAGAUGUUCUGGACGACAUGGCAGCAAUGCGCAGAGCAGACAGCUGCACCGAUGAGGAGGGGGAGUAAGACGAGGGAAGAGGUGACGACGUGGCGUAGCGCGUACCAACGCACCAUGCGCCGAUCGGUGGGUAGUGUGAAAAAAAAGCUGCAAACGAAUUCCCUUAAGUGCAACACUUGCGUGAAGCGGCCACGCAGCAUCCAAAGCAACGGCAAGCACACGACGCGGAACAAGUUCAGUGGGUUUUUUACUCGUGGGGAUAAAAAAGAUGAAGUUCCUUCCACAGUGUGUACGGAAGAAAUUUUUGCUUUUGACGCAACACCGUCUUAUCCGCCAAGCCCCAUCCUUGUCGUUUUACCCAUUCGCACCGCGGUGGAGAACGGGACACGGGAGGAUCGCGUCGGCCAGGAUAAACACGCCACCAGGGAUGUAACCGGUGGUGAGUUCGCGGCGAAUAACGCGGAGGUGCUGCGGACGGCGCUGCUGCAAGCCAUCAACAGUUUACUGCAGGGUUAUGAGGCGAAGUGGAAAGAGUUCCUUCGGCAGAAUGACAUGGGCACGAGGGAGACGGUCUUGCGCGUGAAUUAA